CAAAUAAGAAACCCAACUGCAAUUGCCAUUUAUAGAAACCCAACUGCAGUCGCCAUUUAUCUUCCCGCCUCUCUCUCUCUCUCUCUCUCUCUCUCUCUCUGAGGAAGACGGAGAACUCUAGUCGGUGGAGUCGUUAUAAUGAUAAAAGGAAGUCGCAUUAUAGAGUCGUUUCUAUGGAAGAUGUCGGGAUUAUUCAAGUUCUUCAUCCUUCUACUGUUCUUAUCGACGAGUCUUCGUGAUACCAGAUCCGCUGCUCAGCUUUUGCCUGAUAAAGAAGUUGAAACUAUGAAAGUGAUAGCCUCAAAGCUACAAAACACUAGGUGGAAUGUUUCUAGAGAUUCAUGCACUACAGGUGUAGGGCUACAACAGAUAAUUUCCAAUGAUACUAGAGCUGCAAGGAGACAUCUUAUGGAAGUUGGAAGCAAUGUAACUUGCAACUGUAACAUCACUAAUAGUACUUUUUGCCACAUAACAAACAUCCAGGUGAAAAAAAUGAACUUGAACGGAAUUUUCCCUGAGGAAUUUGCGAAUCUCACUUUUCUGCAAGAAAUAGAUCUGACUCGCAACUAUAUCGGUGGCCCUAUUCCCGCAAGUUUCAGCCAGCUUCCUCUUAUUAUUUUGAGUAUUGGGGGGAAUCGCAUCAGUGGUUCCAUACCUGCACAAUUAGCUAAUAUUUCUACACUUGAGGAACUGGUCGUGGAAAACAACUUGCUUGGAGGACCACUUCCUCCACAACUUGGACGCUUGUCUCGCUUGAGAAGAUUCGUUGUUUCUGCAAAUAACUUUACUGGAACUAUACCGGUUUCAUAUGGCAAUCUAGCUAAUUUAGAACAGUUUAGGAUAGAUGGGAGUACAUUAUCUGGGAGAAUACCUGAUUUUAUCGGAAACUGGAAAAAUCUCACAAUACUUGAUAUGCAAGGAACGAGCAUGUCUGGACCCAUUCCUUCUACAAUAUCUCUGUUGAAAAAGCUGAAAUCAUUGAGGAUAUCUGAUUUGACUGGAUCAUCAAGUACCCCAUUUCCUAAUAUGAAGAAUAUGACAAAUGUGGAGGAUUUGAUUUUGAGAAAUUGUUUUCUUACUGGCCCACUACCUGACUACAUUGAUGGAGGAUACAACGAGUUAAAAAACAUAGACCUGAGCUUCAACCAGCUGAAUGAUUCAAUUCCCGAAUUAUUUCAAUUUAUAGACUUUGACACCUUGUUUCUAAAUAACAACUCACUAUCCGGAGAUAUUCCACCAUGGAUGUUUACUCGCACAGACAAAAUGUAAGUGAU